GCAUGCACAGGGGGCGGGCCGCUCGGCCACCCGUUGGCGCUGUGGGGGUCGUGCUGGGGCGCUGCAGGAGGGGCUCAAGACCACACCUGAUGUGGGCUUUGACAACUUGAAAGCAGAUGAAUUAUUUUGUCAGAAGUACAUGCAACUGAAAACUGUCUUAUGAACAAUGUCAGAAACAAGCAGAUCUGUGCACCAAGCCCAAGACAAACAAACUGGAUUGUUUUAGUGCUGAAGAAUUUACGCUUUGUAAAAGGAGUAGUUGUGUCAGUUUGCAAAAAUGGGAGAAGAAAGACGAGAGGAGAAGGAAAUAAGAAUAAAACUGGGCUAGAAUGUAUUUGAGAGUGCCCUGGAGGUGCUGCUGUUGUGCAGCCUAAUGCUGUUUACUCAAAAUGUGGGUCAGACAAUUUUGGCCUAGAAUGAUGAUGUCAAAACUCACCAUUUUUACUCCAUUUGUUUUAAAGAAUAAAAAACUCAGACUUUUUAUUUGGAAAAGCCAGGAUGGUAGUACAUGCCGCUUCCUAUUGGUCUUUUCAAAAUUUGAACAAAACAAAACAAAAAAUCCUGAAGUGUCCUUAAUAUUUACAUUAAAUGUAUGUUGAAAGGCUUUAUGUAUAUGGGUCAAAACCACUUUAUUUAUCUUAAAAAAAAUCUGUUCUCUUUCUUCCAAAGCUUUCUUCAGUUAAUGGUGCUCAACGAUGGCACUUCUUCUUUCUUUCUUUAUUCAAUUAUUUACUGCUUAUGAAAUGAGGAAAGAUUGUUCUGUAUUAUGUUUUGAUAUUGAUGUGAACAUUUGCUUGUGUGCUUACUGGCUUGCAUUGCAGGACAAGUGCAAUCAUAUCUGUAAAUAAAUGUCCAUCCCCAGUGGUAUAUAUUACUGUGACAGCUGUCACAGAAUGGGUGGCACUUCAUUUGCCAGCCUCUUUUUCUUCCUGUCCACCCACUCGCGGUAUCUGGAAGAUGUUCAGACUGAAUUAGUACGCAGGCUUCUCAGCCUAAAGCUGUGAAAAUGGCCUGGGAAACCAAUAGCAGUUUUGUUCCCUCAGAACUUCUGUUGUUCAGAGAAGCAAUCCAAACUUACAUUGUAUAUUUUUCCACUUGCGUCUUCCCGUGCCAUUCUGUACUGCUUUUCCUUUGUUUUAGUAUGUUAAUAUCUUUAUUCAAUACUUUUUUAAGAACUGCAUUUUUUCCUCUGUACCGUAGUAGAAAGCAGAUAUUACAAAUAUGUGUUGGACACAAUAAAAAUGCUUUUCAUGAUCUCUUGUUCAGAUUUGGGUUUUGUGCUUGCAUAAUAAGGGUAUUUGGUUUCAGGAUAACAAAAAUAGAAUCGGUUCUGAGCACGGACACUUCUGUAAGGCAUGAGCUGUACAGUGAUUCUGCCUACUCUGUGUGGUUUAUAAACAGUGGAUCAAACACUUAAUACCAUGGAUAGGUUUGAACUGAAUAUGAAUAGUACUUAGAGGAAUGAUUUGUCCAGAUUUCAUGUGAACUGUCACGUUGAGGUCAGUUUGUAUUCGCUACAUUCUUAACUCAUUGUUUCUGCAGAGCAGUGUCAUUAGUGGCUAUAAACUUAAGCCAAGUUCUGUAUGUGUGCAGAUUGUUUACUGGAAGAUUUUAAAUUGCAUUCCCUCAAUCCGGCCAUUUGUAAAAUGCUCAUGCAAUUAACACCGAUCCUCAGAUGCUAAGACAAUUGCUAUGUGGACCACUUGAAUGUAAUUUUGUUAUGCAGAUACUAUCAGCCAAGCUAGUGUAAGAGGAUUCAGAUACUCAAGAAUGCAAAAUUCAAUCAUUUACGCUUGCGUUGGCUCAGGAAUGACACAAAAUGCAAAGUAAAAAUAUGUAAUUUCAUGUUUAUAAAGUCUGUGAGUCCAUUGUGAGAACAGACUUGCUCACUUCAAAGUUUAGAAGAAGAAUACAGAUUUUUGUCCUGAAAAUAUUUUAUGAAAUGGCUAGAAAACAACGUGCCUAAGAUCACACAGGAAAUCUGUAGUGGAGUAUGAUGGUGAACCCAUGAUUUGCCAAUGUUUACCUUAGGCCGUCUUUCUUCUUAGGAUUUUAUGUGAGUGUAUACUUCACAGAGAUUUGUUUUAAAGUUCACAAGCCUGUUUAUUUUUCAUCUGAGAUUGUUUUAUAUGACUAUUGGGCACGAAUACCAAAGGUGGUGAGUCUCAUGCAAUGAAGCCACUGUGUGGCCUGCUCUUGUCAAUUGCUUUGACAGGAUAUCAGGCCAUUGCAGAUGGAUCCAACUGCAACGGAACAACAGCAGAGCACUGUGUUUUGGCAGAGCAUUAUCUGAAAAGUAUAGACUUUGGCAGAAGUCAGAAAGCACAGGUGAAAUUCUGGCACUCUGGAAAUGUGUCUGCAGGAUUUCACUUGCACCACACCUCUAAGUCUAGUUUGUUUUGGAUAAGCUGUUUGUAUUUGCAUCCACUUGUUAGUUCUUCCUCUCUUUCACAGCUCUCUAUGGUUGCUCAUCAGGUUGCUCUCACUACAAAUGCCUGCAGAGCAGUAGGAGAGCAGAGCAGUGCCUGGUGGGAUGCUCGUAGCUCAGCAGAUGUUGCAGCUCUCCCUUACUGCUGUAGGGGACAGAGCGGAUGUUAGGUUUCCCAUGGGAUUUGAGUCCAGUGUGAAAUGGCUGCAAAAGCAGGGAUGAUUAUACAAAGAGUAGUGCUGAAUUCACGCCCUGGUAAGAAUGGAGUGCCAGUGGCUGAAAACUUCAGACUGGAGCAAAGUACGAUACCAGACACAGUGCAAGAGGGACAAGUACGUGUUAGAACCCUGUAUCUCUCUGUGGAUCCAUACAUGCGCUGCCGAAUGAAUGAAGAUACGGGUUCAGAUUACCUCCUGCCUUGGCAGCUGUCUGAAGUUGCAGAUGGUGGGGGCAUUGGGGUUGUGGAGGAGAGCAAGCAUCAUAACUUUGCUAAAGGAGACAUUGUCACUUCCUUCAAUUGGCCCUGGCAGACAGUGGCCAUUCUGGACGGAAGCUUGCUACAAAAGGUUGUUCCAGAACUUGUGAAUGGACGCCUUUCCUACUUUCUUGGUGCAGCUGGAUUGACAGGACUGACAGCCUUGCUAGGUAUAAGAGAGAAAGGCCACGUGACUGUGGGUGCCAAUCAGACCAUGGUGGUGAGUGGAGCAGCUGGUGCCUGCGGUUCUUUGGCUGGCCAGAUUGGCCGUCUGGAGGGAUGCUCUAGAGUUGUGGGUAUUGCUGGCACAGAUGAAAAGUGCUCCAUUUUGGUCUCAGAAAUGGGGUUUGAUGCUGCUAUCAAUUACAAGACAGGGAAUGUGGCACAGCAGCUCCGUGAACUCUGCCCAGGUGGUGUGGAUGUUUACUUCGACAAUGUUGGUGGAGACAUUAGUGAUACAGUUAUAAGCCAGAUGAAUCAGAACAGCCAUAUCAUCUUGUGUGGACAGAUUUCUCAGUAUAACAAAGAUGUGCCUUAUCCUCCUCCAUUGCCUCCUGGUACAGAAAAAAUACAGAAAGAAAGAAACAUCACAAGAGAAAGAUUCUUGGUGUUGAACUAUAUGGACAAACAAGAAGCUAGCAUACUACAACUCUGUCAGUGGAUCCAAGAAGGUAAACUGAAGGUCAGAGAGACAGUGGUAGAAGGCUUAGCGAAUAUUGGUGCUGCUUUCCAGUCCAUGAUGAAUGGAGGCAAUAUUGGAAAACAGAUCGUCUUAGUUUCUAAGUAAAAGUCAUUGCCUGGGGAAAAGUAAUUUGAUUCUAUAAUAAUUCCAUAAGUAAAACUUGCUUAUUACUAUAUCAAUUUCCCCUUUAAAUAAGCAGUUAAGUUGUUCAGUAUAUACUGAAAGCAGACAUUUUAGGAUGCUAAGGCAGAACCUAAGCUAAUAAACUGAACAGAAUUGAAAACAGGAAUGCAAUAAUUUAUACUAAAAACAGUAAUAUAUUUGACAUGAUUUGAUAGCUGCCAAUUAGCACACUUGCAAAUAAUUCAUGGGUAUGGUUUGGAAGUUAGACCACCUCAGGAACUGUUUCCAAUAAGCAAUGUGUAUACAGCCACCUGGUUUUGGAUGUUGGAAGAACGUACUUAUGUACAUGUGUCAUUCCUAUGACAAUUUGUCUCAGUAGCCAGGAACUUCUCCAGGAAUUUUUCAUUUACGAGUAUAAGCUUAGCUUGACAGUCCAAUCAAUCUGGCUAUCAUCUUAAAAUAGUAAGUCUUCUACUUUUUUUUUUUUCAGUUAAGAGCAAUCAAAAACUCAAUUUCUACAACUCAACUUCUGUAGUAUCAAAGAUACUUCUAUUUUGCCAUCUGGAACAAGUUUCCACUGAUUGCAUUUCCCAUUUCUCUGCAUCGGGUCAUUAUAUACCCUUUUUUCAGAGUACCUUACACCUAGUUCAUUUAGAAUUCCAUCUGCAUGCCACCUGAGACUUUCAUCAGAGGAAGGUCCAGCUAUAAGGGCUAGCUUGUUUUGGUGCAAUAAUCUCUUUUACCAUUCUGGAAGCUUGAAAAGUGAGCCACCAUUUCCAAGUCUGACUAACAUAACCUCAAGCCAAGUGAGGCUGAUGCAAUUUAAACAUGUCUUCAAAAUAGAACAGCUGAAAAGAGAACAGUUAAUUAUCUUAAAGCCAUUAGAAUUUCACCAUUAUGUACAUUUAGAAACAUUGACACAUUUAUUUAGUAUUAUUUAUGACAUUCUAACUUGCAAGCUAUUGGUUUUAUUUUAAAUAUUUGCCUUUAAGAGGAGUGCAUCCAAGCAGUAGGGUAGACUGAGAAUGGAUCCUCUAGAUCUUGAGUCACUACUUAGGCUCAAACUAAGUGGAAUCCAAGAACUAGGAGAGAAACAAUAUUCAAGAAAUUUGGCAUUUAAAUCUUUUUGCACACUGCAGAAAGAGAACAGAUUCAGAACUGCCUCGUAUCAUUGUGAAAAACAGUCCCUUGAUUUCCUAGUGCUGAAGCUGACCCUGGAAGAAAGCAUACAGUGACUAAUGCUAUAGGCUUUGAAGAGAAAGACACCUGCAUUAUAGGAUUGCAUUCACUUCCCGCUAGAUUCUCAAUCCAAUACCAACAUCAUUAACUUGAGCACUAGCAACAGUGUCAUGCUGGGACAGAAGCCAAAAUUGUGGAAUAAAAAUCAGUAUCAUUGAAGUUGGCAAAUGAAGAUGGAAAGCAUCAGAUGUAAGAAAUUCUAUGAAUUCCUUCUUAUUGACUGUUUAUAGAUGAUAUUCCUGAAAUUUGGGCAUUUCCAGCUUAAAGACUUGAUAAUUUGUACAUAGAUGAGAGAGAGAGUGAGGAGGGAGCUAAGGGGAACACAGCCUUUCCAAACAGAACCAGAUUCUCUAUUGUGUGCUGGUAUGUCAGAUUAUGUGGUUUAAUUGUCACCUUUCCUUUUCUCCUCUCCCACUUGCACGCACUUUAGCUUGAAUCAGCAUCAGCCUGGAGGCUGUUAUGCAAUGCAUGCCCUUUUCUGCAGUAGAACUUCUACCAGGCAGUAGGUUGGCCUUAAUGCACCGUAACAAUCUUUCUGAAUAAACUUCCUCCUCCUAAAGUGUAGUUCAUUCCUAAAGUUCAUCUCCAAAUGUAAAAGAAAAAACCAAAACAGCUCACUUCUUCACACAAAUUUAAACAUCCUCUUGCUUACGUUUUCCUAUAUUUGGCCUUCCUCUAAUCUAUCAAUUUUAUUUCAGUUUCAAAGUUUUGAGGAAAAAAUGCCUUGUGAUCUUGAAACUAAAGACCCUUUUGUUUUAACCCAAAGCAUUCCAGUUACUUACAUGUGUACAUUUCAGAAGAGAUUUCAUCCAUGACCUGUGGUCAGUUUGUAUUGCAAGAACAUAAAUAAGGUAGCGUAACAGUAACCACUGCUGAAAAGGUGUAAGAAUAUUUUCACAUGUUAUGGGCGAAGGCAACUUGCUUAUACUUCUGGUUGCAUUUGCUUGUCCAGUGUUGGACUUCUGAACAUUGUUUGCUAAAGAGCUAUUCCAGAGUGAGCUCACAUGAGUGAGGACCGUGAGCUGACACCUUCAGGAAGGACAGCCUCUAGGAUCUUAGUUUUCACAACUGAAAACACAAUUAAAUUUUAAAAUUCCCAGCACUGUGAUUUUUACAGCAAUUGCUUAGUAAUCCAUGCACACCGUAAGCCUAAUAAAGGCUGAUGAUGUGAAGGGUGACCUACAGUGAGGUCAUGCUGAGAUAUUAAUUCCUUACUGUAAUAAAGGCAGCUUGAUUGCUGCAGCAUUCCAAUAGAUUAUGUAACUCAGAGAGGAAUAUUCUGUCAGCAUAAGUCAGAUGACUACAGGGAAAAAAAAAAAGAUGCAGACAGUCAAAGUAGACUUAACUGUGGUACUCCCAGCAGCUAGGAAACUUCUGUACUUGUGAACCCUGGUUUAACAUUAUCUCUUCAGAGUAAAUAAAAAUCAAAAGGAAGAAAGUCUUUUAAAUGAAGUGCCUAUACUUGUAAAUAAAAAAUAUUUUUUGCAA